AUGAUUGCUGUAUGUGCUGAAGUGGAAAUAGAGGACAAUGAAACUGCCUACAGAGACGAUUUAAAACUGACCUCAGAAUUAUUAAACUUUGCAAAGCAAUGCACGGAUCCGAUAAAAUUCACCAGAAGGUAUGGCAAUGGAUUCGUUUCCAAAGUCUAUAAGGGUGGCGUAUUUCGUGGACUGAUAGAAAUUAGAAACACUAGCAUAAAUCAAAUGAGUGAGAUAAAAAGCAAGUUCGGACUAAUGAAACAAUUUCUCUCUGGUGUGAACGAGGCAGAAGUAGAAAACUCAAUCAGAAAUUUAUUUGAGACCACUGAGUGUAACGUGCAUUUAAGCAUUAUUGGUGGUGAUUUGGAGUUUGAAGGUGAUGGAUUAGAUUUGAUAACAUUACUUAAAAAGGCCAUGGAAUUUAAAAAAGAAGUUUUGAAAAAUCCGGUAAAAACAUAUGUUGACGUUGCUCCCUACGAAGAAAUGCCAGAAUUUAUGGGGUUAGAGGGUAAAAUUUUAAAAUAUGAUACAGACUUAAUUGCGAAUGCUAUGAAAGCAAUAAAACUUAUUUGUGAAUAUGGUCAAUUAUUAAAUGAGAUUGAGGAAGCAAAGCGUGAUAUUGGAAGUAGAAUUUACUUUCAGUUUAAAGAGCCCGAAAAUGAUGUGGAACAUAAUAUUGAAAAUAAAGUCUACCGUGAGUUUAGAAAGCUCGAAACUGAUAUGGAAAAUAAUAAAAGAGAGCUCAUAAAAUUUAUUCAAGACGCCAAAUUUGAUCCAAAGAUUGAAUUUCCAAAACAUAAGGAUGUUGGAAUGAUCAGAUUGAAAUUAAAAGAAUUAAUAGAAGCUGGUGUACCAAAUUAUAUAACAGUUAUUCAUGGGUCUAAAUGGCGUGAGUUUCGUAAUAAAUUGCCAUCUAAAUUAGAUAUAAAUAGACGUGGCAGUUUGAAGCUAGAUAACUACGAAUUAAAAGUUAAAAAUCCAGGCAUUGGAAUGAGCAAAGAAACAGUUAGUACUGAUAAAAUGCCUGGUGCGACCAUUCUUUUGGAUAUUAUGGUUGCGGAAGUUUAUAUCACCGAGGAUGGAGAAUUGGAUCUUUGGGCAGAUUCGAAUGAUUAUGAUUUUAGGCGUAGAUCUCAACAACGAGCUAAAGAUUCACGUGAACAAAGGAAACGAGAAUAUAAUGCAGAAAAGGCAGCCAGUAUGCAAGAAAAGGUUAAUGCGUAUCAUUCAAAAGAACAAGAAACUAUGGAAAUGUUUAGACAGAUGGCAGAACAGCAAAGAAAAUCAGGGGGUGGGUUGUGGGGCCAGUCAAGUUUGUGA